UGAGGGGGUGUAUAGAUUAUUGUUGCUGCUGCUAGACUUAUUAUUUUUUUAAAUGUUAUACCUUAAACUAAUUCUGCGAUUAUGUUUUGAAGAUGAAAAGAACAUGAGAAAAUUCUCUUAAACAAAAAAAAAGGUGGGAAAAACAAUGCUAGAAAAAAUAAUUUUGUUUCGAAGUGAAUAUAAAGUACAACUAAACAAAUUACUAACAAUUAUCAAAAAAAUUUGACUGUCAUAACUAGCUAGAAAAAAUAAUUUUACGUUGAAAUGAAUAGAAAGUGCAACUGAAAGAAAAUUAUUCGUAAUUAUCAAAAUUUUGACAGUCUUAAAUUAUCAUUGUAAGAGGGAAAAAAAAAAUUUUAAGUUCAUCCUGGAGAGGAUUUCUCUGUGGGAAAAAUAAACUUUCUUAUAUAUAUUUUUUAAGCUUGUGAUGAAGUGGAACUUAACAAUGAGGAGAUGGAGGUACAGUGACCAGGCCAACGCUUUACUAGGCCUCCUCAGGUACCUACCGUACGUGGCGUGCGUGGUGCUGCUGAAGGUGUACGUUAUUAUGCUGCUGGUCCACUCCAAGGACUACACUGAGGACCUCAGUGACUACGACGACUACACUCUUCGUCACGACCACCCGUCCCACAGGAAGUUGUCAGUGCCUGCUACUACGACGACUGAGGAGCCGGGGUGGCAGGAGAAACAAGAGGUUCUGGCCCGUCUUAACGACACUGUUAUUGAACCCUCAGCCACGAAUCGAACCCCCAACACCAUCUGGCUCUUCUUCAACCGCAUCCCACGCACGGGAGGCCAAACACUGGUCUCCCUCCUCAAGUCCCUCUCUGAGAACCUCGACUACCAGCACCAGGAACACGUGUACAGAACCCCCUGGCAGAGGUUGAUGACUAAUGAGGAACAGAAAAACUUGGCUACAUGGUUCGAGUACAACUUCUGGCCUAAGAGUUAUGACCGCUUCUCUCUCUUCAUUAACUUUACCAAGCACAGGAGCCAGUACGUGAAGAUGCGUCCCGCCUACAUUACCUUGGUGAGGGACCCCGUAGACAAGUACAUCUCUCACUUCCGCUUCAAGAGAGUCAGUCAAGAGAGAGUGAAGCUGGAGAUGGCAGUGAAGGAGAGAGAGAACCCAGGCAGUGGUCGAACUUGGUACUGGAAGAAGCUGGAACAAUGCGUCUUGGAAGAUGACCCCGAGUGUGAUCUUCAACCUGGUUCCCAUGACUUUAUCUCCGCUAUUCCCUUCUUCUGCGGCCAGCACCAGCAGUGUCUGAAGCUGGGAGACAAGUGGGCUUUACAGAGAGCCAAGUAUCACGCUGAGUACGAGUACUCUGUAGUAGGCUUGAUGGAGCACUGGAACACCACUCUGGGGGUCCUGGAGCACUAUCUCCCCCUGUUCUUCCAAGGAGCUCGACAGCGCUACUGGAGCCCAGAGUUCGAGGAGCAGCGACAAGUGAACAGAAACCCGAAGAAGUACCCGCAGGUGGCGGAGCGGGUACUGAAGGCCUUGAGGCAGAGACUGGGGCUGGAGUACGACCUCUACGAGUUCCUCCGUCAGCGCCUUCACUUGCAGCACCAGCAGCUGCUACACACCCUGACGGCCUCUACCACCAGACUACCAACCAGGUCCACUGAUGUCCCUCGCUGGGGCAUUCUUGACAGGAUGGACAUUGAAAUGAGACAUUAAUGAUGUCUGCUUGUGUGAGGAAAAAAAUAAUUUUAAGCGUUAAACUCACGUGGGUCGUUCGGCGCAAGACGUGGUGGAGGCUUAAACCUCCGUUUGCUGAAUGCGUGACAGACGCGCUUCCUAUUUAUACUCACCUAUAUGCUUGCGUGAGAGAGUGGAAGAGAGAGAGUAAACCGUAGGGGUUAUAAAGCACCUGGGAGAAUUGGAGGUGAUCAGGUUUGAGCCGAGGAAAGGGAAGGCAGCUCCAGUUCCAUGCAUCGAUUCUCUCCUCUUACAAAGUUCCUAAUUGGUCACUACCCUCAUCCACAUUUUUAUUACCUAGCAAGUAGUUAACACCCAGUUAUAAAAUGUUGAUAAUUCAGAUAAUAAAUAAUAUCUAGGCAACAUAAUUUACACUUAAAAUUACCAUUUCCAUAAUUAUUACUCAUUUUACGAUACAAAUUUCUACAUGAGAGGGAUAACUAUAAUAAAUUUUUCUAUACACAUUAUUUAUUUAUAAGUUUAGGGCACAUAAGAUUUUUUUUUAAGUUUAGCGAGAGAAUAAAAUAUACAAACACGAUCGACUUUUUAUUACCUGGAGAGAGUUCCGGGGGUCAACGCCCCCGCGGCCCGGUCUGUGACCAGGCCUCCUGGUGGAUCAGAGCCUGAUCAACCAGGCUGUUACUGCUGGCUGCACGCAAACCAACGUACGAGCCACAGCCCGACUGGUCAGG